AUAAUCUAUAAGGUCAUAUUUAGUUGGUAUAAGUAAAAAUAUCACCCCUCCGACAAAUUUAUCACAUUUUAAGUUGUAUAAUAUAAAGUUGACUCUGUAAAAAUCGCUCAAAAAAAGCUCCUUAAUUAAAUAAUGAACAAAAACUCCGUCUAAACAAUAUUCUUUGUAAUUAAUGUUAUUUUCAACUAUAUUCUUUUCAAUUCCAUGUUUUUUCAAUAAAUAUUCACCGUACGUGUACGUUUUAUCGCUUAUUUUGACACAUAUCUUAUUUUUGUUCAGUAUUUCUUUCGUUAACAUUUUGAGGUUAUGUUAUAAUUCUUCUUCUUCUGAACACGAAAGAGUGCCAACCGAACAGUGCGAAUAGAAAAACACUGUAGAGCUCGCAAAGGCAUUUUAGAGUUAUACAACUAUUAGGGCAACUAAUGGAGCAUCAAAUGGUCGUUAAAAAAGAACCUGAAGAACUACUCGACAUUUCCGAAGGUGACAUUUCGAUGAAUUACGAUAAAGCAAGUACCUCUGCUGAACGAGAAAUGCAUUUAACCUCUGAAACAGCAAUAAAAGAAGAAAUAAAAGAAGAAUUCAAUGAUGAAGCAUUGAUUUACAAAGGAUACAUCCUAACUUUGCCUUGUGGUACACUGACAUGCCAACCCAUAAUUUUAGAUAUUUAAUCAAUGGUGAUGAAGAUUUCACAUGCAAUUUUAAGGAAGAAAUAAAGGAGGGCCACUUUUCUGAAGAAGAUGAAGAAAACUUUGAUGAUAUGAAAUAUGAUGAUACAAGUGGCAAAAAAAAGUUUAGUUGUGACAUUUGUCCUAAGAAAUAUGAAACAAUGAAGAGUUUAUUGUAUCAUAUAAAGUAUACCCAUGGAAAAGACAAACAUGAACAAUUUAAAUGCACGAAAUGUUAUUAUGUAACUAUAAGAAAAAACGACUUUAAAAGGCAUUUAAAAAUUCAUGAUAAGAAAAUGUUUUUAAAAUGCCAUUUUUGUCAAUAUAUGGCUCCUCAUUUGCAGCACUUAAAUGCACAUGUUUUACGCAAACACAAGUUGCAAAAUGAGGGAAAAAAUAAAAUAAAAACUGCAAUUAAUACCCACACAUGCACAAAAUGUUCCUACUCAACUUUUAAUGAAUCACAUUAUGAAAAUCACUUAAAUGUAUGUUUGAAAUUAAAAAAUGCUCAAUGGUAUAAAUGCCACCUCUGCCCCUAUAAAACUCUUCACAAAGGUCAUUUAAAUCCCCAUAUAAAAACUCAUAAUGAAGUGAAAGAACUAAAAUGUUUAUUUUGCAAGUUCCAAAGUAAUAAAAAACAAAGUUUAGACAACCAUAUUCUAAGUAAACAUUCAGAUUGCUUAAACGAAUCCAACAGAAAUAUAAUCACAUCUAAAAUACAUUUUUGUGAACAUUGCAAAUAUAAAACUACACACACCAGUUGUUUUAGAAACCAUCUAAAAAAUCAACAUUAAAAAUAUUGUAUUUGUUAUUUAAUUUUAUGUAAAAACGUUAAUAAAUUGCUAAUUUUUAAAUAUUUU